AAGUUAUAAAAUGGAAUCAAACUCCGAAACAAAACAAAAGAAGCGGAAAAACAUGGAAGAUUGAAAACCGUGACGAUCACUAUUGAUCAAUCCAUCUGUAAGUAGAUCACCGUUGCCUGCCCCAAUCUUAUUUUGAAUUUAAAAAUUCAAAUCCCCCUCUCUCCUCCUCAAAAUAAUCCAAAAAAAAAAAAACAACGGGUGAAACUUAAGGUUUACGCUCCUCGCAUUUUCAAAUCUCCUUCCCCCUUUACUCUCUCUCAAAACCCUAACACUCAGAACACCCGCUUUCUCACGCUCUUUUGAAUAUCCCUCCGUACAAUCACGCGAUGACAGCUGUCAUCCCGCCACCGUUCUCCGGCCGCGAACUCUCGAAUCCACCAACAGACGGUAUCUCGAACCUUCGAUUCUCCAAUCACAGCGAUCUCCUACUCGUCUCCUCGUGGGACAAGACUGUGAGAUUAUACGACGCCAGUGCUAAUGCUUUGAGAGGAGAGUUUUUGCACGGUGGUGCCGUGCUUGAUUGCUGCUUCCACGACGAUUCCUCUGGGUUCAGUGCCAGCGGGGACAAUACCGUGCGACGGUUGGUUUUUAACCAUGGAAAGGAGGAUAUUCUGGGAAGGCACGAUGCACCUGUUCGCUGCAUCGAGUACUCUUAUGCAGCAGGGCAAGUAAUCACUGGUAGCUGGGACAAAACACUGAAGUGCUGGGAUCCCAGAGGAGCUAGUGGGCAAGAGCGCACUCUUGUUGGCACAUAUCCACAACCUGAGCGUGUUUACUCCCUGUCUCUUGUUGGAAAUCGUUUAGUUGUAGCUACUGCAGGAAGACAUGUUAAUGUCUAUGAUCUGCGAAAUAUGUCUCUACCUGAGCAAAGGAGAGAAUCCUCUCUGAAAUAUCAAACUCGAUGUGUGCGGUGCUAUCCCAAUGGCACAGGAUAUGCUCUCAGUUCUGUUGAAGGACGAGUUGCAAUGGAAUUUUUUGAUCCUUCAGAGGCCAGUCAAGCAAAAAAAUAUGCUUUCAAGUGUCAUCGAAAAUCUGAGGCUGGAAGGGACAUUGUCUAUCCUGUAAAUGCCAUUGCUUUUCAUCCUGUCUAUGGUACAUUUGCAACUGGAGGUUGUGAUGGUUUUGUGAACGUAUGGGAUGGGAACAACAAAAAGAGACUAUAUCAGUACUCAAAGUAUCCAUCGAGUGUCGCCGCACUUUCAUUUAGCAGAGAUGGUCGUCUGUUGGCUGUGGCAUCAAGUUACACUUAUGAAGAGGGAGAUAAACCCCAUGAGCCAGAUGCUAUCUUUGUACGAAGUGUAAAUGAAAUAGAAGUGAAGCCAAAGCCGAAAGCUUACCCCAACCCCCCAGCAUAAGUGAGCCUUUUGAAAACCACUGGUCACUAGAAUCUUGGAUGUGCACUAUCUCAUGGUUUUCUAGGCGUUUUUGUUUCCUAUGAAGCUUUCAAAUCUUGAUGUGUGCUAAUGCUUGAAUCAAGGUGGAACGCCUUUUAGUGACCCUGUAGUUUCAUUUCUUUUUAAGUGAUCGUGUAGGUCUGUGCUUAGAACUUUGGAUUCUGUAAUUAUUCAUCUAUCUAGUCUCCUAGAUAUAACAAUUGAAUGCGACCAUGCAACGCAUUCUUAUCAUUAUGCAAGAGUAGCAGCCAAGGAACAAGUUUUGUAUGAUUAUGUUGGAUGUAAUGUCUAGACAGCUCAGUUUCAAUGAAAUGAUAAUCCGAAGGUAUUACCGGUA